CAGGGUCCAGGGAGACCAGAUAUAGUGAAUGCAGGGUCCAGGGAGACCGUAUAUAGUGAAUGCGGGGUCCGGGGAGACCGGAUAUAGUGAAUGCAGGGGUCCGGGGAGACCAGAUAUAGUGAAUGCAGGGUCCGGGGAGACCAGAUAUAGUGAAUGCAGGGUCUGGGGAGACCAGAUAUAGUGAAUGCAGGGUCCAGGGAGACCAGAUAUAGUGAAUGCAGGGUCCGGGGAGACCAGAUAUUGUGAAUGCAGGGUCCUGGGAGACCGUAUAUAGUGAAUGCGGGGUCCGGGGAGACCGGAUAU